UUAAUCAAACUAGAAGUGACUGCACAUUGAAAAUACCAAAAAUACAGUCUUCAGAGGGCAGUUGUUGACUUCCAAACCUUUGCAAAAUCCCAAAACUUAUCAUUGCAUUGCCAUUUCUGAAACAUACAAUCUCUCGCAUUUUGCAUUUUUAUCCCGUGACUUAGAAAGAACCUUCAAAAUGGCAGAGGCUGUACUCAAAGCUGUGCUCGGAAGUUUGACCUCUCUGGUUGCAACAGAGCUGGGAUCAUUUCUGGCUUUCAGUGGAGAAAAAGAAAAGCUUGAGAGCAUGUUCACUGCAAUCAAGGCUACUCUUGAAGACGCUGAAGAGAAGCAAUUCUCAGACAAAGCCAUAAAGGAUUGGGUUGGAAAGCUGAAAGAUGCAGCAUACGAGCUUGAUGACAUCUUGGAUGAGUUUGUUUAUAAACAAUUGUGGUUGGAACAAAAAGAUGAAGAAGAAGUCAAGUGUUGUGAAUCCGAAAUGGUACUAUGCUCUUCCUUAUCCUCUCUUCAUCCAACGAAUCUUUAUUUCCGUCACAAUAUUGUUCGAAGAAUGAAAAGUGUAAGUGAGAGAUUAGAUCGAAUUGCUAGAGAAAAAGACCAGCUUCGUUUGACUUCGACGGUUGAAGUGGAAACCCGUGGAGUCCCUGAGUGGCGCCAAACCAUCUCACUUGUCACUGAACCAAGAGUCUACGGAAGAGAGAAAGAUAUAAGAAAAAUUGUAGAGUUUUUGGCAGGUGCUGCUUCUCGUGCUGAGAAUUUACCUGUCUAUCCGAUCGUGGGUCAAGGCGGAAUUGGAAAAACAACACUACCAAAACUCAUCUUCAAUCACAAGGAUCUCAUAGAUUUUCAGUUAAAAAUUUGGAUAUGUGUUUCUGAAGAUUUCGGUUUGGAGAGAAUGUUAAAAGCUAUCUUGCAUGCCGCAUCUGAGGAGUGCAAGGAUUUGGAUCUGGAGUCAUUGCAAAGAAAAGUUAGAAAUCUGCUUCCCAGAAAAAAAUAUUUGCUUGUUUUGGAUGAUGUGUGGGAUGUUACGAGACACAAUUGGGAGGAGAAUUGGCAUAUGUUGAGAUCUGUACUGGACUGUGGAGAAAAGGGUGGUUCUGUUUUGGUCACCACUCGUUUUUGGAAUGUUGCGGAAAUCAUGGGAACAGUUAAACAUCCUCAUAGAUUAUCAGAGCUAUCCGAGUAUUAUUGCUGGGAAUUAUUUAAACACCAAGCCUUUGGAGCAGACGAGGCAGAACCAGAUGAGCUUGUGGUUAUAGGAAGAAAGAUAGUAAAGAAGUGCGGAGGAGUGCCUCUGGCAGCAAAGGCAGUUGGAGGUCUUCUACGCUUUCACAGAAAUAAGGAUAAGUGGCUCAAUAUUAUGGAAAGUAACAUCUUAAUGUUAUCAUCCAAUGAAAAGUCCGUAAUGCCUGUCCUUAGACUAAGUUAUGUGAACUUACCAGUUCAACUCAGGCAAUGUUUUGCUUAUUGCGCAAUAUUUCUCAAAGAUGAUCUCAUAAAGAAACAGUAUUUAAUUGAACUUUGGAUUGCUAAUGGAUUCAUUUCAUCUGAUGGAAGGUUAGAUGCUGAGGAUGUUGGUGAUGAAGUGUGGAAUGAAUUAUAUAGGAGAUCACUUUUUCAGGAUAUAGAGACAGAUCAAUUUGGAAAAGUUACAAGUUUCAAGAUGCACGAUCUUGUUCAUGAUCUUGCACAAUUUGUUGCUGAUGAAGAGAUUUGUUGCAUUACAGACGAGGAUUGUGCACCUGUUUUAUUUGAAAGAAAAAGAAUCCACCAUCUGUCAGACCAUCGGUGGAAUCUUUAUUCAGCCCAGUUGGAUCAACUAACAUCAUUGAGGACAUAUCUAAAGAGAACACGAAGUAAGGAACUUUCUUCUGAUGUCUUGAAAUGUUAUUCUUUAAGGCUGCUUCACGUAAAUCUACUUGAAGAAUUAUCCUCUUCCAUUGGUAAUUUGAAAUAUCUAACUUACUUAAAUCUUUCUCGCGGUCGUUUCAAAACUCUUCCAGAAUCUCUGUGUAAAUUACUGAAUUUAAAGAUAUUGAAAUUAGAUUACUGUCAGAGCCUCCAAAAGUUGCCUGACGGUUUGGUACGCUUAAAAGCCCUCCAACAACUGUCUCUUAAAGUCUGCAGGUCCCUAUCAACAUUGCCACCUUAUAUAGGAAAGGUAAAUUCUCUAAGAAGUUUAUCCAUGUACUUUGUUGGAGAGCAAAAGGGGUUUCUUCUAUCAGAACUGGGACUACUCAAGCUUAAAAGAGAUCUUGAGAUCAAACAUCUAGAGAGAGUGAAAAAUAUAAAUGAUGCCAAAGAAAGCAAUAUGUCAAGUAAGCAACUGAAUAACUUGAUGUUGAGAUGGAGGACAGUUAGAGAAGGGGAACUAGAAGGAAAUGAUAAGGAGGUUCUUGAAGCCCUUGAACCUUGUACCGAGACACUUCAGAGUUUGAGAGUGGAAGGGUAUCAAGGUGUUAGUUUCCCACAAUGGAUGUCUAGUCCUUUUUUCAAGAAUUUAACUUCUCUGGAACUGUGGUCUUGCACAAACUGUAUAAAACUUCCUGUGUUGAGGAAUCUGCCUUCGCUGAAGAGGCUACAGAUAACCGAGGCAAAAUAUGUAAAAUACGUGCAAGAGGAGUGCUACGAUAACGAUGUAGGUUUCAUGGGUCUAGAAUAUCUAACACUCCGAAAUCUUCCGAGUCUAAUAAGGUUAUCAAGUGAGGAUGGAGAAAACCAGUUUCCGUGCCUUUCCACACUUGACAUUGAGGAUUGUCCUCACUUUUCACUGCAAGGGUUGCCGUCACUCAAGUGGUUAAGAAUGAGCAGGAAUCCUAAGUUGAAGGUGUGCCCAGGUUUGGAAUGUCUACCCUGUCUUGAGGAUUUGAUUAUUAUGAGAUGUGGAGAGGUGGAAGGUUUACAACAUAUGACUGGCUUGAAGAAGUUAGCAUUAAUUAAUGUUCCAAAGGUAUCCUUGCUCCAAGAAUUACGCUUUGAAGACCUUCCCUUGCUCCGUGAAUUACACAUUAUUGGGUGUUACUCGUUGAUGCGUCUUCCAACAAACCUUAGCCUUAGCCGUUUGGAGGUAUUGUGUAUUAAAGAUUGUGAUCCUGAGUUAGAGAUGCGAUGUGAGAAGGAAAACGGAGAGGAUUGGCCCAUAAUAGCUCACAUUCCCCAUGUUUAUACACGCCAAAUAUUAUGAUUGGUGUGCCUGCAUUGCAGAUAUGUAUUGUUGUCCUGUUCCUCAUAAAUACAACAAACAGAGUAGUUUUACUUCAUAUGGUUUGAAGAUUGAUAGCAGGUCAAUGAUAUUUGAUAAAUAUUUA